CUAUCCAUUAAUGUUCGUUAUAUUCAUCAAAUGAAAAAAAAAAAAAAUUCCAAAACCACAAAAAGCGAAUGAAAAACAGAGGAGAAAGAAAAACAUACUUCCAACACUUCAAAUAAUGCAGCUUUUUUCUUCAUCUCCAUCAUCAUCUUCAACCUCUUCAACCACAACUCCAUUAUUUUCAACAUCAAGAAACCUCAAUUCCUCGAAACAACCCUCAAAAGCAAGAACAAUUCCAAUAAAGUCCCUAAAAUCUCCUCCUUCGAACCUCACCGUGCCCCCGUACACCUCCUUAAACAACAAUGAUGUAUCCCCUGUUCUUCAAGAUCCCAAACUUGAUGAGAUUGCAUCAAGGAGAGAGAAUCUUGAGCAGCUUCUUGUUCCACGUCCGAUGAUCCAAUCCGACGGUGGAAAUGAAGAGGAAGGAGAUCAAAUGGAUGGAAGUAGUAAUGAUGUGGACGAGGAGGAUGAAGAAGAGGUGAAAUCAGUGUUGGAUCGAAACUUAGAAGAAUUUGCGAAGAAGUUGCCUAUGUUUGAGCCAGGCAGAGGUGAAGAAGGUGUAGUUAAAGAAAAGCCGUUAAAGAUUAAUUUGGAUUUGGCUUUGUAUAAAGCUAAAAUUCUUACUAGAAAUUUUCGGUUUAGUGAAGCUGAAGACAUUUUACAGCAGUGCAUAUACUACUGGCCUGAAGAUGGGAGGCCGUAUGUAGCAUUAGGAAAGGUACUAAGGAAGCAAUCCCGAAUAUCGGAAGCAAGAGUCGUUUAUGAAAAAGGAUCUCAGGCUACUCAGGGUGAAAAUGCUUUUAUCUGGCAGUGUUGGGCGGUGAUGGAAAAUGAGUUGGGAAACGUAAGGAAAGCGAGAGAACUGUUUGAUGCAGCAACUGUAGCUGAUAAGAGGCACAUUGCAGCUUGGCAUGGAUGGGCAAUUCUGGAGCUUAAACAAGGAAACAUUAAGAAGGCCAGGAAUCUCCUUGGCAAAGGUAUUAAAUACUGUGGUGGUAACGAGUAUGUUUAUCAGACUCUCGCUUUGCUUGAGGCCAAGGCUAAUCGCUAUGAACAGGCUCGCUUCUUGUUCAGACAGGCUACCAAGUGUAAUCCCAAAAGUUGUGCUAGUUGGCUAGCCUGGGCACAGUUAGAGAUGCAGCAAGAAAACAAUCGAUCUGCUUGUUAUUUGUUUGAGAAAGCUGUUCAGGCAAGUCCUAAAAACAGAUUCGCCUGGCAUGUAUGGGGGCUGUUUGAGGCUAAUCUUGGAAGAAUCGGUAAAGCAAGGAAGCUUCUAAAAAUAGGUCAUCUAGUCAACCCAAGGGAUCCUGUUCUUCUACAGUCUCUUGCUUUGCUUGAAUACAAGCACUCAACUGCGAAUGUUUCCAGAGUUUUAUUCAGAAAGGCAGCAGAGUUGGAUCCAAGGCACCAGCCUGUGUGGAUUGCCUGGGGAUGGAUGGAAUGGAAAGAAGGUAAUAUAUCUACAGCAAGAGAAUUGUACCAAAAAGCUCUAGCUAUUGACUCGACAACAGAAAGUGCUGCUCGUUGUCUUCAGGCUUGGGGUGUUCUGGAACAAAGAGUAGGCAAUAUGUCAGCAGCUAGGAGAUUGUUUAGAUCUUCUCUCAACAUAAAUUCACAAAGCUUUGUAACAUGGAUGACUUGGGCUACUUUAGAGGAGGAUCAAGGCAACUCUGUGCGUGCUGAAGAAAUUCGUAACCUUUACUUCCAGCAGCGUACAGAGGUAGUCGAUGAUGCUACAUGGGUAAACGGGUUUUUAGAUAUCAUUGACCCAGCACUAGAUAGCAUAAAGAGGAUCUUGAAUUUGGAACAAGACCCAUUCGGAAAGACACUUGAAUCACCAGAAAAAAGUAUAGAGGUGAAGGAUAGUAAUGAAGAUUCAUCUGAGGCUGAAAAUAGUAAUAAUAGAAGCAGUGGUUUUGAUUUAGAUGCAUUCAUCAAAGAGAAGUUGUCGCUUGAUCCAACGAACCUUGACGAUCAAAUGGAAACAUCAUUGUUGUCAAUAUCGAGAAGCAAGGAUCAGAGAAACGGAUACAGAACAAAGCGAAGAUUUAAAUGAUUGCUAGUCACUUACAGGUGACGAUAUAGUAUCAUCUUUUGUAUAGUACUAUUUGAAGUUGUGCAUAAAUUUGUAUUGGUUCAGAAACUUACUCUUAAAUGCUGGAGAUAAUUGUAGUUGCAUUUCUGUAAAAUUCAAUUUGUUCAGACACUGAAUUUUUAAUGUAGCUAAAAUUUUCACGAAAAUAAAAGUUCAGACACUAAAUUUAUUGAUGUAUACUGACAGGCAAUUGUAUGAUCAUUUGCAACUAAACAAACACUGUUGAAGAUACACAUUAUGAUCAAGACAUCAGAUGAUUCAAGCCUUAUAUAUUUGUCUUUCCUUCCGUUUAUAUUAGUCUUUUAUAUUGAUAUUUUCAGUUUUAUUUGAUUCCGUAUUUUUAGCUUAGUUUGUUGUCUUAGCUAAAGUUGUUAAGGUUGUUACAAAGCAGUUAGUUAUUUUCUCUUUUGAUCUGUUAUAUAUACAGUCCACCUUCUAUACAGCCAAUCAUCAAUUGAAUAAAAUACAUCUUUUCUUUAUCAGUG